CACGUUCCGAAGUAAACAAGCCUCAACUCAUUACAACGUCGUCGUUUCUCUGUUCAAUUUGUUCCCCGUACACAAACUCUUUUGCCCUAAUCUUCAUCAAACCCUCAAAUUUCAAACAAAUUCCCCCAAUUUCUCACUCCGAUUCACUUCAAUCUCGUCACUUUCUCUCUCUUAAACACAAAUUCGACACCCAAAAUCACCUCAAUUUCAACUAAUUUCAAUCAAUUUCUCCAAUUUCCCCAUUUUCAAAACCCUAAUGUUCCCACACUCAAAAUCACAUCACAAAUCAGCAUCAGAAACAAACAAUUGAUCGUUAAUGUGUACAUAACAACACUCUUCAACCUACCUACUUCAAGAUCCCCCAAUCAUGUCCGACGAACACGAUAAUAAUCCGAUCCAACUCGCCGGAGACAACAACAACGCGAACGGCGGCAACGUGGUGGCGAGGAGAGAACGGCCGUCACGAGCGUGUACUGCACGAUCCGCCGCUCGAAUCUACGAAGCUGCGGUAGCGGAAGCGGCGGUGGUGGUUGUACGGAGGCACAAGCCACGGCGGAAGGCUCGCCGGGAAGUGGAGGAGGAGGAGGAAGAGGAGGAGCCGCCGCCGUCUCCGCCGAACCCGUACAGCGGCGUUGUGACGCCGUUGGUUGGUGAACCGGAACCCUCGCAGUUGCCACGGUGGAAUAUUAGGUCUAUGUGGGAGUUGGCUUCUAUUUUGAACUUUUUGAAUGUAUUUAGGCCUUUGUUGAAUAUUAAAGCUGAGUUUUCGGUUGAAGAGCUUGAGACUGCGUUAAUUACGCCGAAUAAUACGUUGGGUGAAAUUCAUAUUCCUCUGCUUAAGGCAAUACCUCCAGUUACUCGGAUGGCGUUAGGGCAAAACACUUGGGUGACUGUUCUAUGUCGAAAGCUAAGAGAUUGGUGGCAUUGGGUUUCAGAAGGAGAAUUACCUAUAGUUGCAUCACAUGGGACCGAAAUCGAGACAUACAAGACACUUGAUCCUGGUGUCCGUGUGGUGAUAUUGAAAGCUUUAUGUGAUAUUCGUGUUGAGCAAGAUGAUAUCAGAAGCUAUAUAGAUGACUCUAUAAAACACGGUGUUCCUCUUUCUGCAUUUCGUAAAGAACGUACGGGUGGUGACUCUCAUGGAGUUUCUUUCUGGUAUGAAGAUGAUCCUAUCAUUGGUCAAAGGUUGUACCGUGAGAUUAGAAAAGUUGAGGUGAAGAAAGGAAAGGGGAAAAAUGUUCACUCGUUUUCAUCGUAUCAGUGGGAAACAGUUUCAACUAAUUUGGACGAAUUUCAAGACGUUUCUGAGAAGCUAUUUUCUAGCAAAAACCGAAUGGAGUCUUCUCUCGGGAAGAAACUAAAAAACGACAUGCUUCCGGAGAUCGAGAAAGUCCAAAAGAAGAAAGAGAAACUGCUAAAAAAACAACACCGAGAAGCGUUUCUUUUAGAUGGUAUGAUUCUAGACGGACAUGGUCCGGGCCGGGCUCUUCGUGGUAGAAAACAAGUGUCCUACACUUUUGACGAUUAUGACCGAUCAAUCAAUGAGGCGAUCGAGAUAACUAAAAGAAAGCAAUCGUCGCUAGAACCAACCGUAAGAAGAGAAGGUUUGAGAAAUGACGUUUCAUCAAACGGUAAAUCGGGUGGUGGGCCCACUGCUUUACAGAACAACCAUAAUACCUCUUUUAGCCCCCCAUCCCCCGAUUCACUCAACUACGAUGAGAGUGACGAUGAUCAUGAAUCUCAGCAGCUGGACCGCAGUAGUCGAAGGAGGCAGAGGCCUCAACGAUAUUCUGCCAGAGAGUUCGUUGAAGCGGUUUCUGACAACGAGGCAGAUAGGGACGGUGAUUAUAAUAACGAGGAUGGUGAGGACGAUGAUGAUAUAGUCGGUGAAGCUGUAUAUGAUGAAGAAUACUUGAAAAGACGAAAAGAUAGAAAAAAAAUGUCGAGUAGUUCUGAAGGAGAUGAGGAGUAUAGAUGGGACGGUGAUAAUGGUGAAGACGAAGAAGAUGAAGAUGAAGGGGAAGAAUCAUUAAGUGCAAGUGAAAAUAGUGAAGAAAGCCCUCGAAGAUAUAAAAAAUUAACGGGCCGGACUCGACGUGAAACAAAGUUAAGAUCGGUUAAUGAAAUCAAAAAGGGUCCUCGACGUAGUAGACGGGCCGCUCGAACCCGUAUAGAUUACAAACAGUUCGAAUUUUCAGAUUCGGAGCCCGAAUCGGAAAAGCCCGAGACUUCCGAAAGUGAAGAUAAACACUCGGAACCGAGUGACAAAUCAGGGUUUUCAAUGGGAAGCAGUGACGAGGCCGAUGUCAACAAUAACGAUGAUGAUUACGAUGAUGAUGCUGAUAAUGAUAAUGAUAAUUAUGACAAUAAUGAUGUUAAUAACGAGAAUGAGAAUGGUAAUGAAAAUGAAGAGAUGAAGAUUGACCAACCUGUUAUCGAACAAGACCCGAAGAUUGAACAAGAACAAAACGGAACACCGAUGAAGUUAGACAGCCCGGAUCAAGACGAGUUUGAAACCGGUGCACAGAAAAGACGGUUUCUCGAUCUAAACGAGCUUGCCCCAGGUUCAGGCUUUGAAGAUGGUCCGGUAAAGGAUGACGAUAAUACCGAUGAUUUCUAAAACGAGUAGAUGAAAUGAGUCAUUUUUUACGGAAGCUGCAUUCUUAAUACGGUUUGGAAUAAGCGAGUGGGCCGUGUAAUAUUUAGCGUGACCAGAGGCAGCUGAUUUAGAUUUAAAAGAGUUUCGUUAUGGUUAUAAGAGUCUUUAUAUCUGAGAAUUUUGGUUGGUGGGAUUUGUUGAUAUCGUCAGUAUUUAGAAGCCGAAUUGUUUGUUGUACUUUAGAACCUGCAGCCCCAUCCAGAAAGGUACUAAUUAAUUUCAUCUUGCGUUUUAGUAUAGCCUCUUAAAACAUA